AUGGAGCCUCUCAGCCUGCAGGUGCUGGUGAUUGUAACAGGUAGCUUUCUUGGGUUCCAGUGGAUGUUCCACAGAGGUAGCCCUCGGGUAUCUCAGCACUUCUGCAAAGGCUUCCUCAGGCUCAGCCUCACUCAAAGGACAGAAUGGAACUCCAGGGCUGUCUCCACAGUCCACGCCAUGGUUGUGGGACUGUUCUGUCUCUACACUUACAUAUUUGAUGAACCUAUCCAGAAAGACCCGGUCUGGGGAGAUGCCACACUGGUCAAAUUAAAUGUGGCCGUUACGACAGGUUACCUCCUCUCAGAUCUUCUGCUCAUGUUUACUUCAUGGGAGUCAAUUGGAGAGAAAUAUUUUGUCUUACACCACCUUGCUGCUCUUUAUGCAUACUACUAUGUGCUAAGUCAAGGGAUAUUGCCAUACUUUGCUAACUUCCGCCUGCUCUCAGAAUUCUCUACACCCUUUGUGAACCAGCGUUGGUUUUUUAAUGCAUUAGGUUAUCCCAAACUUUCCAAACCAAGUCUACUUAACGGGGUUGCUAUGGCAUCUAUGUUCUUCUUGGUGAGGAUUGCAGUCAUUCCAGCGUACUACAGCCAUAUGUACUCUGUCUUCGGCACAGAAGACUUUUAUCGGUUACCUUUUGGGGCCCGCUGCGCCUGGGUUAUUUCCAGUGUGUCACUGGACAUCAUGAACAUCAUGUGGAUGCGCAGAAUCAUCCGGGGAUGUCUGAAAGUCCUUCGUUCUGCCUGGUUGAGAAAAGCAGGAACUGAGAUGGAAAGUAAAAAAACAGACUGA